GGACACCACAGGACUAGAAAGAGGCCAGCCACACAGAAUACAGUGACAUUUCAGCGACACAGGGAUCUGACUGACCUAAUACAGGAGCAAAAACUCACAGAAGUGUGAUACUGAAGAGCAAAGACCAGAAGAGUGAAAUCAAGAUCAUACUGGUUGAAUAGGAUGGACUACGCCAAGAAGUCUCUCAAUCUGUUCUCGCCUUCUUCUCUCUCCAAUAUAUCUCACAGAUGUGUAUCAGCCAGUGCUUCUGUCCUCCCAAGUUUCAGCCCCCGCCCCAGACCCUUCCGGGUCAUCAACUCGGACCGCACCAUAAAGAAAGGCAUCAUGGCAGAUGGACUGGGAGACCUAGUAAACAAGACAAUGGAUGCCUUCCAUGUAUCCUGUGUAGCUGGUCUGGUGCUUGAUGAGGACGGGACAGGAGUGGAUACAGAGGACUUCUUCCAGACCCUUAAGGACAGCACUGUGCUCAUGGUCCUGGAGAAAGGAGAGAAGUGGACGCCUCAGCAGAUCAGUCUGUCCGGGAGUCAUGGUGGAGAGCGCAAGACAAAGCUCAGGAAGGACCUGGCCAAACUGACCCUUGACUUUUACAAAAACCAUCCUAAAGAAUUCAUUGGCUGCCUGAAUGUCCAGAUGACCCUGUAUGGGAUGUACUCCAUGUCAUAUGAUCUACAGUGCUACCAUGCCAAGAGGAUGCUGAGGGAGGCCCUAAGAUGGACUCUCUUCAGCAUGCAGGCCACAGGCCAUAUCUUACUGGGUACCUCCUGCUAUAUGCAGCAUCUUAUUGAUGAGGACGAGAAAGCUGAGGCACAACUGGCUGCAUGCGAACACAUGAACAAGCCGUUACAGGCCAUCCAAUGGAAGAAGACGGCAGCUGACCACAGAAACUAAUAGCUUGAGUUUGGACAGGCCCAUGGGAUAAUGACUUGCCUCAGUUUUUUGCCCAGAAGCUUUUGCUUUUUGGCAAGGAAACCAUCGUAGCGUCAUGUUACCUAUGUUACAGAGCAUAGCUAUAAUGGCAGGACCAACUGUGGUGUAAAAUAACUCCACUGUGCUUCAUAUAGCACGUAGUCCAUAUAUAGGGACACAUAUUGAUGCAGUUUUUGAUGUCUUAUUAUCCUGUAACUCCAGCACAAUGGAGCUGAAAUGAGACCGUGACUAUUAUUUCAUGGAUAAGAGAACUAAGAAAAGGUCUGUAGUUAUAGAAAGUUGAUUCUAGCCAUUUGCACCGCAAAAGUAACCAAGUUAGUAAGGCUGCAUUCACAAAACAAUUUCAUAAUCCUCAAAAAAUACACUGACAAGCAUAGCUGGUUUAUUGUGGGUGUGUUUCUGGGAGGAGAUUCUGGGAGGUUUGAGUGAGAAUUUCAUUCAUAAAAGCAAAAACUACUGACGGUUGUUGCUCUUUUACAUAAAAGCAAGCAAAAAAGAUUAGUUUUAAUCAAAUCACUCACUGUCCUGCUAUAUCUUAAGAGCUGAAUUUUACAGCUCUAGAUGUGAGUUGACUACAGCAAUCAGUUAUUAAAUAAUUUUGUUUUAAAUCAACGUGACUAAAGCCCUGCCCUGCACCAUAUCCUAUUGGCUGAUGUAUGAGUGUGCCAUAGUUUGCGCAACCAAAAGUUAGACUCUGGCACAAUGUGCAUUUUUACAGAUACAAACAUGUCUAUGUGAACAUGGCCUAAAGCAGGGUGAAAAAUCUGACUAAAUCAGUCACAGCCAAAACUGUUCUGUGUCUUGUUGAGAAGCAAGAAUGUACAAUUUUGCUACCUGCACUUAAUACUUUUAAGUACAUAUAUGUGUUUUUUGUUUAGAACGUGUAUUUGUGUAGAGCUAUUAAUAUUUAUUCACAUUUCUAAAUGCUAGAAAUUUUUGCUGUCUCACUUUUAUACUGUAUAUUAUGUCUGUUCUUUCUCCAAGUGUUUGGAUUAAACAUUAAGUUUUAAUGCUUCUGGGGAUGUUGCUCGGCA